UCACCGCAUCGCUCCCGCAGAUAGUGGUGAAAAGAACAGGCAGGGAGCAGCGCGUAGAGAGGACGCAUGUCCAUUCGCCAAGGUGCCUGCAAAAUUAAAGGAAACGCAGCAAAGGGCAGCUUUUAGAUAUUGCGAGGCCUGCAAAUUAGGUCUCAGACUCUCAGUUCAGGGUCAAUUACGACAUCAUUUUUAGUCACUGUGAAAUAGAGCCUAUUAUUUAUUUCACACGAUGGGCAAUCGGGGAAUGGAGGACUUGAUUCCUCUGGUAAACAGACUGCAGGAUGCUUUCUCUGCCAUCGGACAAAAUGCCAACAUGGAUCUUCCUCAGAUCGCGGUGGUCGGUGGCCAGAGUGCUGGGAAAAGCUCGGUAUUGGAGAACUUCGUUGGGAAGGACUUUCUGCCCCGUGGCUCUGGUAUUGUCACUCGGCGCCCCCUAGUGCUGCAGCUGGUCAACUGCCCUACUGAACAUGCCGAGUUUUUGCAUUGCAAGGGAAAGAAGUUUACUGAUUUUGAUGAGGUUCGUCAGGAGAUUGAGGCAGAGACAGAUCGCAUCACCGGCCAAAACAAAGGCAUUUCACCGGUCCCUAUCAAUCUGCGUGUCUAUUCACCUCAUGUCCUGAAUCUCACCCUCGUGGACUUGCCUGGUAUGACCAAAGUGCCUGUAGGUGACCAGCCGGCUGACAUCGAGUUCCAGAUCAGGGAGAUGCUAAUGCAGUUUGUGACUAAGGAUAACUGCUUGUUGCUUGCUGUGUCUCCUGCAAACUCUGACCUGGCCAACUCAGAUGCCCUCAAGAUUGCCAAGGAGGUUGACCCUCAGGGUAUGAGAACUAUAGGUGUGAUCACUAAAUUGGAUCUAAUGGAUGAAGGAACUGAUGCACGUGAUAUCCUGGAAAACAAGCUUCUUCCUUUACGGAGAGGCUACAUUGGGGUUGUGAACCGCAGUCAAAAGGACAUUGAUGGCAAGAAGGACAUUACUGCUGCCAUGGGAGCAGAAAGGAAGUUCUUCCUUACCCACCCAGCCUAUCGACAUCUGGCCGAUCGCAUGGGGACUCCCUACCUGCAGAAAGUGCUUAAUCAGCAAUUAACUAAUCACAUCCGAGACACCCUGCCAGGACUGAGGAAUAAACUUCAGAGCCAGUUACUGUCCAUUGAGAAAGAGGUGGAGGAGUACAAGCACUUUCGCCCCGAUGAUCCUUCUCGCAAAACCAAGGCUCUGCUACAGAUGGUUCAGCAGUUUGCAGUUGAUUUUGAGAAGUGCAUUGAGGGUUCAGGAGAUCAGGUGGACACGGUGGAGCUGUCCGGAGGUGCAAGGAUCAAUCGCAUCUUCCAUGAGCGCUUCCCCUUUGAGCUAGUUAAGAUGGAGUUUGAUGAGAAAGAGCUGCGUAAGGAGAUAAGUUACGCCAUCAAGAACAUCCACGGUAUCAGGACUGGUCUGUUUACUCCAGACAUGGCCUUCGAGACUAUUGUUAAACGGCAGAUCGCCAAGAUUAAAGAGCCAUGUCAGAAAUGUGUGGACCUGGUCAUCACCGAGCUGGUCAAUACGGUCAGGCAAUGCACCAAGAAGCUAGCUCAGUACCCCAUGCUUAGAGAGGAAAUGGAGAGGAUUGUAACCCAGCACAUCCGUGAUCGGGAGAGUCGCACCAAAAAUCAGGUCAUGUUGCUAAUUGACAUUGAGUUAGCAUACAUGAACACCAAUCAUGAGGAUUUCAUCGGUUUUGCAAACGCCCAGCAGAGAAGCAGUCAGAUGAAUAAGAAGAAGGUUGCUGGCAAUCAGGAUGAGAUAAUGGUGAUCAGAAAGGGUUGGCUGACCAUCAAUAAUAUUGGCAUCAUGAAAGGAGGAGCGAAGGAAUAUUGGUUUGUCCUGACCGCUGAGAAUCUGUCCUGGUACAAAGAUGAUGAGGAGAAAGAGAAGAAGUACAUGCUGCCAUUGGAUAACCUGAAGCUCAGAGAUAUAGAGAAAAGCUUCAUGUCCAGCAAGCAUGUGUUUGCUCUCUUUAACACUGAACAAAGGAACGUGUAUAAAGACUACAGGCAACUGGAGUUAGCUUGCGACACUCAGGAGGAGGUGGACAGCUGGAAGGCAUCCUUCUUACGGGCUGGAGUCUACACAGAGCGAAUCACUCAGAGUGAUGCCAGUGAGGAGAAUGGCUCGGAUCGCUUCAUGCACUCCAUGGAUCCUCAACUUGAGAGGCAGGUGGAGACCAUCAGGAACCUUGUGGAUUCCUACAUGGCCAUCGUCAACAAGACUGUGAGGGACCUCAUGCCCAAGACCAUCAUGCAUCUCAUGAUCAACAAUACUAAGGACUUUAUCCAUGCUGAGUUGCUUGCUAACGUGUACUCAUGUGGAGACCAGAACACUUUAAUGGAGGAGUCAGCAGAACAGGCUCAGCACAGGGAGGAGAUGCUGCGCAUGUAUCAUGCUCUGAGAGAGGCCCUCGGCAUCAUUGGUGACAUCAGCACCACCACAAUCUCCACUACCAUGCCCCCACCAGUGGAUGACUCCUGGCUGCAGGUACAAGGAGGACCUUCAGGGCGCAGAUCUCCAAUGUCUAGUCCCACUCCCCAGCGCCGGGCCCCACCUGGGCCCCCUCGUCCUGGUGGACGCACAGCCCCAGGGCCCCCAACUGCUGGAGCACCUCCUGUACCAUCCAGACCUGGAGCCUCUCCUGACCCCUUCAGUGCCCCCCCGCCCCAGGUCCCCUCUCGUCCUAACCGUGCCCCACCAGGUGUCCCCAGCCGUCCAAGCAAAGGAAGCCCUUCUCACAAUGAGAGUCCAAAUCCUUCGUUUGACUCUUAGAGCCAAAUAUCCUUCCUCCACGUCCUCCUCCUCUAUCUGUCCACUGCCUCUCAUUCUCUGUGCUUUUCUUCUGACCAAGUGCAUCCUGGGAUUGCUGCAUGCCUAGCAUUUCAGCAAGAACAGAUGGAAUUGCUGAAAGGAAAGGCAGAACGAUAAAUGAAGAAUACAGGAGAGCUGUGGGGUUAGUCACUCCUUCUGUCUGUAAUCACAUUGUAAUGGGCCUCUUAAUAAUUCACCCAGUAUGGACUUGUGUCAACAUUCGAAGUCACUGCAAUGUUAAAUAUACUGAAAAUGCUGUGUGGUGUUUGUGUUUACACACAAGACAAUGUCGACUUAUUAUAGAAGUGUCACACGAGCUAAACGUGUAUCUGCCAUAAGCAUACAGAAUAUUCGUCUGCACGCCAGUAUACAGGAUAGAUACACAAAGUAAACAUCACGAUUUUUGCGCUUGUUAUGUGGUACUUUUGUGUGUGAAUGUAUUCUCCCUGAAAGUUUGAACAAUAUUUAAUCCCAGUGUUUGUUUCGACCAUAUUGUCUCUUUGUAUUUUCCCUAGCAAACAAAUAAGACUGGUCUGACUGAAAUGUUUAUAGAUUAGGAUAUAUAUUAUGAAGUGUCUGGUAUGGAGAAAAAAGCCUUAGAAUUAUGUUUAUGUGAUAAUUUAAAGUUGGUGCAAUUCAUUUAUUUGUUGAUGCAGCAGUGGGAAAUGUCUGAUCAAAGGGAAGGGUUGGUGAAUCAAUCUGUCUGCAGUUAAAAUGUUACCGAUAAAUGAAAUGAAGCAUUCUUAAAACCCCAACAUGAGUUUAAACGAAUAUAUCAGCUGUUCUGACUGAUUAAAUGGUGAACAGAAUCUAUUACUGUGUUAAUGUAUAUUUGUUGUGCAUCUCUGGGAGUUGUGCUUCUGUUGCCUUGUGUCGACAUGUACAUUUAAGUAUUGACAAUGAAGUUAUUGUUGUUAUUGAAAAUGAACUGAUUGUAAAAAUAUAAGUUUAUGGUUUGUAUGUGUGUGUGUAUAUACAGUAUAUUUACUUGUAUGGUGUAUAUACAAAAUCUUCUUUUUAAAUAGAAUGGAUGUGUGCGUGUGAAUUGUACUGCCUCCAUGUGUAUCUUAUUGGUGUCAUAGACUGGCCAAUGCUUUGUGAUGAAAUUAAAGUGUCUUUGUGUGGAAGAUAACUGA